AUAACAAAGGAAGAUAUAUCAAGUUUUAAAGGAGGUGAAAGACAAAAGAAAAGAGUCAUGACUACUUUGUCAAAGAUUUUAUGUGUGUUGAUCAUUCUUCUUUUAUUUUUCUCCUUUCGAUAUUCACUUCAUGAAGAUGGGAAUCAACAAUCAAGCGGUGACUUCGUUUCAACUGCUAAGAAGAUGAUAGGAGGAAGAAAACUUAUGAUGACAAGUGGAGAAGAAGAAACAACACUAAAGAGAGGAAAUGGAAAGACAGAGAGAAACUCGAGCAAAAGUGUUGAAGAGGAUGGACUCGUUGCUUACACUGCUGAUUAUUGGAGAGCUAAGCAUCAUCCUCCCAAGAACAACUAGUUCUAAAAUCAUAAUAUAAAAUAUCUUUAUAGAUAUAUAAUUAACCAUAUAGUUUCAUAAAGUGAAAUAUGUUUGUUUUAUGGUGUGUAAUAUCCUUUUUGUAGUGUGCUUUUUUUCUUUUAACGUUGUCACGGCUUAUUUAAUGGUUUACAUGUAAACCAAAAUUUUGAACUUUGAAGCUUUCGUAUGUACAUGAA